AUGAAUUAAGUAUGUUCAUAUAAAUAUUGUACUAAUAAAACAGUUCUAGAAUUGGAAUACAUUUGUUCUGUUUGUUAAAUAAUGAAAUAUUGCUCUUAAAAAUGCAAGGAUACUGAUUGGUAGAUUAUGUAUUUUAUUGCAGGACUUUGUCUCAUAAGAACAAUUGCAGACCAUGUCAAAUUAAAUCAAAAACCGAACUUAAUGACUCAGCUUCAACAUUAAAAUCAAUUAGAAGAUCAGCAGAAGAUUUUGAAAUUAUCAUUAAGGAUAAUAAGAUGGAAUUGGGAAAAGGUAGUUAUGGGUGUGUUAAAUUGGUUAAGGAUCGUUAAAAUGGAUAAAUGUAUGCUAUGAAAGUGGUAUUAUUGAUUAUUAUAAUGAAGAUGAACAAGAAAUAAAUAUUUGAGUAUUGUUCUGUUGAAAAUCUUAAAAGGGAGAUUAAAAUUUAAAGAAGACUAUAACAUCCUCAUAUAACAAAGUUAUUUCAUUAUUUUGAAGAUAAAGAGAAUGUAUUUCUUAUAUUAGAAUUAGCAGGUAUCUCAAAUUUGUUAUAUUUUAAGAAAAUGGCAGUUUAUUCAGCUAUAUUAGAAAAAGAAGAAGGCUUCCUGAAAAUGAAGCAUUUGUAUAUUUCUUUUAGACUUGUUUAGGAAUUGAUUAUUUACAUAAAAAGAAUAUCAUUCAUAGAGAUUUAAAACCAGAAAAUUUAUUAUUAGAUAAGUCAGGCAAUAUAAAGGUCUGUGAUUUUGGUUGGUCAGCAGAAACAACUCAAAAUGGAGUAAGAAGAACAUUCUGUGGAACACUUGAUUAUAUGGCUCCUGAAAUGCUAACCAAUUAACCAUAUAGUUUUAGUUUAGAUAUUUGGUGUUUAGGAAUUUUAUUAUAUGAAUUAAUACAUGGUUAUGCACCAUUUAAAGGAAGGACUGAAAAUGAGAAAUGCACUAAUAUUGUUAAAAUGGUUCCUAUAGAUUAUGAUCCAACCUUGUCAAUAGAAGCUAAAUAAUUAAUUCAAGGAAUUUUAAAAUAUAACCCAAAUGAAAGACUCUCAAUGAAUCAGAUAUUUGAUCAUUAAUGGAUGAAGAAAUUCUACAAAAGUUAUGGGAUUGACUUAAGAUCAUAUAUGUAUAAAGAGGAAAAACAAAAUGAUCUAUCUAGUAGAUCAAUUUCACCUUAGAAUGAAGAUAUAAUGAGUAGAUCAUUUAAUAAAAAUACAAAAUAGAUUAGUAGUAAUGGUGAUAUAAAAAAUUUAUCAAAAUCAUCCAACUAUUCAAUUCCAUAAAAUGUUAAUAACAAUAGCAAAUCUACAGCAUGUUCAAAUUAUAAUUAAGAUGAUGAUUUUAAAACUAGAGUAAGUAGAGUAUCCCAAAGGUAAUAAAUGGCUUAAGGAUUAAGAGAAAUACAAGGUCCAUAAUAAAGAUAAGAGGAAAUGGGAUUUAUGGAUAAGGUAUUUUCUGCUUUUGGGUGUUUGAGCAGAGAUAAACAAUAAUCAUAAUCUCAUAAUUAUUGA